AAGCAGGGCAGCCGGGCGGUAAAACCCCUGGCGACCCCACGGCCCCGAUGGCGGCAGAGGGUCUGUUCCUGGGGGCGGGGCUGGCUGGGGAGCCCCCGGCAGGGACAGCAGAGCCGCGCCCGUGCGCGGGAGGCCCCGUUACACCCGGGCAACAGCAUCGCCCUGCUGGGUCUCCGCAGCCCCCCGCCCCCUCCGGCGGGGCAUCGGUCGCCGGAGCAACCCGACCCCGCACGUCGAGCUCGGGGGGGCAGAAAGGCACUUCCGGUCUGCUCCAGCGAGGAGCGGCUUGGGAGACCGGAAGUGUUUUGUCCCCGAGCAUCCCUCGCCUUCGUCACCGGAAAUGCGUACCCGGGCUCCUGUCGGCCCUCCCCUCCCCAGCGGUCUCUCCUCUCAUUGGCCGGACCCGCGGGGCGGGGCUGGGGGCGUUGCCCUGGGUGCCGGGCGGUGAGACUGUGAUUGGCAGGUCAGCGCGCAGGCGCUGUGGCUCUGUCAUGGCGGCCGCCGCCGGGAGGAACGUGGUGUUCGUGACCGGCAACGCCAAGAAGCUAGAGGAGGUCCUUCAGAUCCUCGGAGAUGCGUUUCCGUACAGACUGGUCGCAAAAAAAAUUGACUUGCCAGAAUACCAAGGGGAACCAGACGAGAUCUCCAUUCAGAAAUGUCGGGAAGCAGCAAAUCAGGUCAUGUGCUUUUCUGGUUUUCCCACUUCCACAGGUAUUCAGGGACCUGUUAUAGUAGAAGAUACUUGUUUGUGUUUCAAUGCUUUGGGGGGCCUCCCAGGACCAUAUAUAAAAUGGUUUCUAGAGAAGUUAAAACCAGAAGGUCUGUACAAGCUGUUAGCGGGGUUUGAAGACAAGUCUGCUUAUGCUCUUUGCACCUUUGCAUUCAGCACUGGAAGCCCGGAGGACCCGGUGAAGCUGUUCAAAGGCCAAACUUGUGGUCGCAUUGUUGAACCCAGAGGCCCCAGAGACUUUGGCUGGGAUCCUUGCUUCCAGCCUGACGGUUAUGACCAGACGUAUGCCGAGCUGCCCAAGGCAGUGAAGAACUCCAUCUCUCAUCGCUACAGAGCACUCAAAGAGCUCUCCGGCUACUUCAGUCAGCAGAACAACUCGGCAGAAGCCACCUCCACUCCCAGUUAGGCUUCCGGUGUCUUGGGCUACAUCCACACUGCAAUAAAUACCCCACGGCACCGAGCCUCGGAGCCUGGGUCGAUUGACUCAGGCUCGCAGGGUUUGGGGUGUGGUGCUAAAACUUGCAGUGUAGUUGCCUGGGCUCGGGCUGGAGCCUGGCUCCGAGACCUUCCUCACUCACUGGAUUUCAGAGCCUGGGCUCCAGCCGAGCUUGAACAUUUCCAGUGCCAUUUUUAGCCCUGCAGCCCGAACCCCAUGACCCCAAGUCAGCUGACCCAGGCCAGCCAUGAGUCUAUGAUUGCAAUGAAGAUGUGCCUUUUGGGACACCAAACUUUUACAGAGAGUUGUAUGUGAGAUGUGGGGUCCAUUUAUGGUUGUCUGUACUGUCUAUGUAGAAUAAAGCUGCCCACUUUAAAACCGGGA